UCGGCCCUGCUGAUAGCAAGAUGUCUUCAGGGAAUGCAAAAAUUGGGCAUCCUGCCCCCAACUUCGAAGCCACAGCUGUUAUGCCUGAUGGACAGUUCAAAGAUAUCAGCCUAAGUAAAUACAAAGGAAAAUAUGUCGUGUUCUUCUUUUAUCCUCUUGAUUUUACUUUUGUGUGCCCCACUGAGAUCAUUGCUUUCAGUGAUAGGGCAGAAGAAUUUAAGAAACUCAGCUGCCAAGUGAUUGGAGCUUCUGUGGAUUCUCACUUCUGUCAUCUGGCAUGGAUUAAUACACCCAAGAAACAAGGAGGAUUGGGGCCCAUGAACAUUCCUUUGGUAUCAGAUCACAAGCAUUCCAUUGCUCAAGAUUAUGGAGUCUUAAAGGCUGAUGAAGGUAUAUCUUUCAGGGGCCUCUUUAUUAUUGAUGAUAAAGGUAUCCUUCGAAAGAUCACUAUAAAUGAUCUUCCUGUUGGCCGCUCUGUGGAUGAGAUUCUGAGACUAGUGCAGGCCUUCUAGUACACUGACAAGCAUGGUGAAAUGUGCCCUGCUGGCUGGAAAUCUGGCAGUGAUACCAUCAAGCCUGAUGUCCAAAAGAGCAAA